AUGAGACCUAUAAAGUUGAUGGGACAUGAGCGUUCCUUAACGCAAGUCAAAUACAACAGAGAGGGAGACUUGUUGUUCUCCGUCUCCAAAGAUAACGCCGCAUCCAUUUGGUACUCAUCCAACGGUGAAAGAUUAGGUACCUUGGAAGGACAUCAGGGUGUAAUCUGGUCUAUUGAUGUCGAUCCAGAAACUCACUUGUGUGCCACUGGUGGUGGUGACUUGGCCAUCAAAUUGUGGAAGGUUGAAACCGGAAAGUGUGUUUUCACAUGGGACUCUCCAUCUCCAUGCAGAAGAGUUGCAUUCUCAGCCGAUGGAUCCAAAUUGUUGGCUAUUGCUGACCAGGUCAUGGGUCAUGUCGGUACCAUCUCAGUAUACGAUAUAAAUCACGAUGAACAAUCUUUAACCAACCAAGCAGAAAAGCCAUCAUUAGUCAUUGAGACUGCUCAAGGUGGAUCCAAGGCUAAUGUUGCCGGAUGGUCCUUGGAUGGUAAGCACAUCAUUGUUGGACACGAUAAUGGUUACGUUUCCAAGUACGACUCCAAGACUGGUGAGGUUGUUGAAUCUAUCCAAGCCCACGGUAUCCACAACGAAGAAAAGAACGUUUCUAUCACUGAUAUACAAUUUGCCCCUGAAGACAGGUCAUAUUUCAUCACUUCCUCCAAGGACAAGUGUGCCUCAUUAAUCGAUUUUGACACCUUCAAGAUCUUGAAGGUUUUCAAGGCUGAUGCUCCUAUGAACACUGCUGCCAUAACUCCCGUCAAGGACUUCGUCAUUUUGGGAGGUGGUCAAGAAGCCAGAAAUGUUACUACCACUGCCGAGUCCCAAGGUAAGUUCGAAGCCAGAUUCUACCAUAAGAUCUUUGAAGACGAAAUCGGUCGUGUUAAGGGUCAUUUCGGUCCAUUGAACACCGUCGCAGUACACCCUGACGGUACGGGUUACAGUAGUGGUGGAGAAGAUGGUUUUAUCAGAGUUCACUCCUUCGACAAGUCUUACUUUGAUUUCCUUUUCGAUGCCGAAAGAACAGAAAAAGCUAAUGCCUCUGGUAACAUUUAA